AAAAAGAUCCUUGAAGAUUUCGGAGAAUAUCAUGCUUUUAGCGCCAUGCAGUGCCUCCGCUGCGCCUUCCUGGCUUUCGCAGUCCUGGUGGUGCUGGCCUCAACCUACGCCCUGCGCUACGGCAGCGCCCGGGCCGCGGUGCUGCGCGAGGGACGGAAAGCCUGGGCGAAGGCUAAGGCGGCGCCCAACAAGCGCGGAUGUUGCGCGGAGAGCCUCGAGCUGCGCCUACCGGAGCUGCCCAGCUCGCACCUGAAAGUCAAGUGGCCGAAGGUGUCGGUGAAACGUGGAGAGGUCAUGGAAAUCACCGUGGUGAACGCCAAGUCGAGAGACGGCGCCGGAUCUGGGCGAAGCGCGCCCAAGGCCACUCGAACUCGGGCCAAGGGCGAGGAGGGUACCAACGUGCUCGUGUGGCUGGUGUCCUCCGACGGCCACCAACUCGCUGCAGACGUGGCCGCGCCGGUGGCUCCCGGUCGCUGGAGCGCUCACGUGGGGCCGCUGCAGCCAGGGAAAUGGACGGCGCACGUGCUGGCCAUCACCUUGCAAGGAGACCGUAUUCUUGGCUUUGCCUAUGAAAUAGAAAG